GAGCGGCUCCGGGGCGGUCGGGUAGGCGUUUCCCCUGCGCCGUCGCCCAUUUUGCCCGCCCGCUAAGGAGCGCAUUACGCGGCCUACACGCUCUGGGUGCAGUCCGGAGGCUGCAUCGUCGCGCGCACCAGCCCCUUGAGCUAGUGGGACGGUCUUUGAAAUUUAGUCCUAGGAUAGUUAAGGUUUUAUUUUGUUUUGUUUCCAAGUUACGGCCCCAGAAUUUUGUACCACUCUCCCUGGACCUCUUCCGGUUGCCGGCACUUGCCUCGUAACUUCGGUUCGGGUGACCUCGGCCCUGAUACCAGCUUGAUUGGCCCGAGGUGGGGACCUGGAAGUUUUAGCCUCUCUGAUCUCGAGGCGGAUUAAUUAGCCCAAGAAACAUUAUAUUCAUUUUUCUGGAUAUGCUGCAGAAGGAUCCGUGCCAGAAACAAGCCUGUGAAAUACAGAAAUGUUUACAAGCCAACAACUUCAGGGACUCUAAGUGUCAGGCUGUCAUCCAAGAACUUCGUAAGUGUUGUGCUCGCUAUCCCAAGGGAAGAUCCCUCGUCUGUUCAGGAUAUGACAAAGAAGAGGUAGAAAAGCUGAAACCGAAGUCCACAUCAGAGUAAAGAUCUGCGGAGAAGUUAAAUGCUGCACCAUGUUUCCACCAAGCGAGUUUUGUUUAUCCUCCUAUUCUUCAGGCCAGGUAGCAGCAAAUAUCAAAGGAAAAAGUCAACUAUAAAAGUUAAUAAAUAUGCCUUCUAUGCAGAACAGGUAGAAAUAUAUUAAAUAUGUAGAAUGUAAUAAAACUGACCUGUGAAAAUAAACCUUUUAAGUGAAAAA